AUGUACGGCACAUUGACCGGUCCUCAAACCGGUAUCAACACCCCCCGAUCCUCUCAAUCCCUCCGCCCUCUUAUCCUCUCGCAUGGAUCCCUCGAGUUCUCUUUCCUCGUCCCUACCUCGCUUCACUUCCAUGCAUCGCAGUUGAAAGACAGCUUUACUGCUUCUUUACCCGAGCCCACAGACGAAUUGGCCCAAGAUGAUGAGCCAUCAUCAGUGACCGAAUUGGUCGCCCGCUACAUUGGCCAUGUGGCCCACGAGCUCGAGGAGGAGGACGAUGCACAGGGCAACUACCUGGACGUUCUGAAGCUCAUCUUGAAUGAAUUUGAACGUGCCUUCAUGCGUGGUAAUGAUGUUCACGCCGUGGCAGCUGCGCUCCCCGGCAUUGUUGCCAAGAAGAACCAAGUCGUUGAGGCCUACUAUGCCGGGCGAGCUGCGGCGGGCCGGCCCACCAAGCCCUACGAUUCGGCUUUGUUCCGUGCGGCAUCCGACGAGGCCGCGGGUAUCUACUCGGUGUUCGGUGGCCAAGGCAAUAUUGAGGAGUACUUUGAUGAAUUGCGCAACAUCUACACCACGUACCCUUCUUUCGUCGAAGAGCUCAUUACUUCCUCCGCCGAAUUGCUCCAAUCACUCUCUCACGAGCCCGAAGCUAGCAAGCUCUACCCCAAGGGUAUGAACAUCAUGAAAUGGCUGCAAGAUCGGGAUGCACAGCCCGAUAUCGAUUACCUGGUGUCCGCGCCCGUGAGUCUGCCAUUGAUUGGUUUGGUCCAGUUGGCCCACUAUAUGGUUACCUGCAAAGUCCUGGGCCGCCAGCCCGGUGAUAUCCUGGAACGCAUCCUCGGUACCACAGGUCACUCCCAGGGAGUCGUCACCGCUGCCGCCAUUGCAACCGCUACCACCUGGGAGUCCUUCGCCACAGCGGCCCAGAGUGCUCUGACCAUGCUGUUCUGGAUUGGUCUGCGCAGUCAGCAAGCCUACCCUCGCACCUCUAUCGCCCCGUCCGUUCUCCAGGACUCGAUUGAGAAUGGCGAGGGAACCCCCACUCCCAUGCUGUCCAUCCGUGACCUCUCGCUCGCCGCUGUUCAGGACCACAUCGAUGCCACCAACCAACAUUUGCCCGAGGACCGCCACAUCUCCAUUUCCCUAGUGAACAGUGCUCGCAACUUUGUGGUGACUGGUCCUCCCAUCUCGCUCUACGGUCUGAAUGUUCGCCUCCGUAAGGUCAAGGCGGCCACCGGACUUGAUCAGAACCGUAUGCCAUUCACCCAGCGCAAGGUUCGCUUUGUCAACCGUUUCCUCCCUAUCACUGCCCCCUUCCACAGCCAGUACCUUGUUUCUGCCUACGACCGCAUUCUCGAGGAUCUGGAAGAUGUUGUUGACAUCUCCGCCAAGUCCCUGGCGAUCCCUGUCUUCCACACCAAGACUGGAGAGGAUCUGCGACAACUAGGCGACAAGAGCAUUGUGCCCUCGUUGGUUCGCAUGAUCACCCACGAUGCGGUGAACUGGGAGAAGGCCACUGUCUUCCCCCGUGCAACCCACAUCGUUGACUUCGGCCCCGGUGGCAUCUCUGGUUUGGGCGUUCUGACCAACAGAAACAAGGACGGUACCGGUGUUCGGGUCAUCCUCGCUGGUGAAAUGGACGGAACCAAUGCGGAGGUCGGCUACAAGCCAGAGCUGUUCGACCGUGAUGAGCAUUCUGUCAAGUUUGCUGUUGACUGGGUUAAGGAACACGGCCCUCGCCUGACACAGACAUCUACUGGUCAAACCUACGUCGACACCAAGAUGAGCCGUCUGUUGGGAAUCCCCCUGUCAUGGUGGCUGGUAUGA